AUGGUUCAAACCAAUCAAGGUGUUACUGGUAGUAGCUCACUCUCCAAAUGGCUUUUAGAACAAUUCACCGGGCAAGGUCUCGAAUGUUCUGCCAAACCACUCUCUGUUCAUCCCUUCAAUUCCGAACAGAAAAGGGGAGAGAAUAUCAAUUUGCAAAGAUUGGUCUUACAUGCUGUACCACAUGUGAUUGAUCAGCAGUCGACUGAUGGAUUGGUUAAUGUUGAUGGUUUUAUGAAGGAUUUUAUGGAUUUGGUGAAGGAUUAUGGAUCACAAGUGGGUGGACAGACAGUUGAUUUAUAUGUUGCCACUGAUGGUGUGUUUCCUGGUGGACAUGGAUAUAAGAAUGUCCAAUCGCCACAAAGGAAGGUUGUUUCAAUGAGUUUGGAACAAGCUCUCUCGUUUGUCUUUGGAACGAGAGGACAGCUACAAAAGGAACCAAUGUUUCUCCUCUCUCCCAAUGAGAAACACUACAUUUAUCAAAUGGACACUCGGGUGUUGGGAGAUGCAUUUUGGCAAUUACAACAAACCAAAUCAAAAUUGGGAAAUGUGGAAAAUUUACAAAGUCAAUUGAUUGGCAGUUCACAAUUUUAUAGAAAUAUGUGGAUUUCUUCUGAUCAAUCAUUGACACCAAUUCACUAUGAUAAUUCAGAUAAUUUAUUCGUUCAAAUAUUUGGAAAGAAACACAUGAUUUUAUGGGAGCCAAAGGAAAAAUCCUUACUCUAUCUCAAUGAGGAAGAUCAUCCAACCAGUGAUAGACAAACACGUAUCGAUCUCACUAAGGAACCUUCUGAAAUCGCACUGAAUUUCCCUAACUUUUUCAAAUCAAAUCCUGUUCGUGUCACACUGAAUCCUGGUGAUGUUAUGUUCAUCCCAAAAGGAUGGCCACACAUGGUACUCUCAGAUGGAAAUUCUAUUUCUCUAAAUUAUUGGUGGAUUGGAGAUGAUUCUGAUGAUUCUGAUUCAUACACUGUUGGUUUAUUUGGUAGACCAUCUUCAUUGUAUUGUACUGAACCAGUUGGAGAAAUCAAAUCUUUGGACGAUCUACCAAGGACUUUGGAAACUGGUGGUGGAUUUUAUGGUUCCAAACAAACACUCUAUCCAGUACCUCCUGAAUUCUUCAAAUAUUAUUACUUGGUUUGUGGCCAAACAAGAAACUAUUACUCCAUUAAGGAAUGUGGUUCAUGUAAGUCCAGAUAUCAUACCACAAAUGUAUGUCCAAGCGAUGAUGAAUUCUAUAUUAGACAACCUAAAGUACGAGGAGUUAUGAGAUUGCCAACUACCAAGCAAAGAAAUCAAAAGCUCGUUUCUUCUGUUAGCUCUGUAAAUAAUGCAGCCAUUGGUGAUAGAAUAUUCUCAAGCACUUGUCAAUGGAAAGAUACAAUUAUUGUAAUUGGAGGACCAAGAGCUACCGCAGGACAAAUGAUUCAAUUCAUUGAUGUAAAUACUGGAAAUGUUUCUGUGCCAAAGUUGAAGAAUACGAGUGGGAAAUUUGUCACAGAAACCAAGUGGGGACACUCUGCCACAUGUGUCAAUGAUAUGGUUUUCAUAUUUGGUGGUUUUGAUUCUCAAUAUCAGUACAAUGAUGUCAUUUGCUAUGAUAUCAAUGCUGCCUCUCUCAUUAAUGUGAAAACCAAAGGAGAAGUUCCAUCUGCACGUGCCUUCCACUCUGCAACUUACAUAGCAAAGUUGAAUAGUAUAUUGAUAUUUGGUGGACAAGUCUGUAAGGGAGGUCCUUACGAAUAUUUCAACGACAUGUAUCUAUUGAAUUUAUCAUCUUUUUCAUGGGAGAAAAUUAAACAAGAGGAUCAUAACGAUUUACCUGAUCCCCUCUCUCAGCAUUCAGCCAUUCAUUUGCCAGAAAAGAAUUCACUUUUGAUAAUUGGUGGUAGUGACUCUACGAAAUCAUUUUCAAAAGUUCAUUGUUUUGAUUUAAAGAAAAAGACAUGGAAAAUAAUCUAUCCAGACAAAUCAAUUCCUACUUUGGCAUUUGAGGCAAAGAACUUUAGAAUUCAUCCAACACCUCAAUCAGCUUGUGAAAUCAAUGACUCAACUGUGGCCAUUCUUGGAUUUGGAGAUGAAGGAAAGGGCCACGUUCUUCUUUUCGAUCACAACGAACUAUCCUUCAAAAAGGCCAAUCAAACAGUUGGAUGGGUACUUGGAUCUUUCUGUACUAAACCAAAUAUCAUGCAUGUCAUUAACUCUAAUCAGCAAUUGAUCACCUUAAAGUUUGAUAAGAUUGUCCUGAAUUCACAAUGUCCAAAUUCAGAUCCUCACAAUUGGAAUUACCUCAAUGAAGAAUGAUUUUCUUUGGAAUGAUCAAUAAAACAACAAUAAAAUAAAACUCUUUUUGCAUGGUUAGAGUGAGGUUAGUAAGUUGUUUACCUUAA